CAUGCGGUCUCGGCGAUGCAGGGACCCCCCGCGCCCGCCGCGGCCCCUGGGCCCGGCUCCCCCCGGGGCUCCCCUCGCGGCUCCCCCGGGCUCUUCAGGAAGUUCCUGGUAAACCAGAGCAUCCGCCUGCAGCGGCGCUUCACUGUGGCCCAUCCGCUGUGCUUUGACCUGGAAAAUGGGCUCUCAUCCGGGAGAAGCAACCUGGACCCUCAGGCCGGGCCUGGCCUUGGCCGGGUCAUUCAGGCCCCUGCUCAGCACAGCCAGAGGCGCGAGUCCUUCCUAUACCGCUCCGACAGUGACUACGAACUCUCACCCAAGACCAUGUCUCGGAACUCCUCUGUGGCUAGUGAUCUACACGGAGAAGACAUGAUUGUGACGCCUUUUGCCCAGGUCCUAGCCAGUCUGAGAACGGUUCGGAGCAACGUCGCAGCCCUUGCCCACCUGCAAGGCCGCGGGGCAGCCAAGCAGGCUUCGGUCGAAAACCCCCUCUUUGGCAGUCAGCCCCCUCCACUUACAGAGGACGCUGGGCAGAAGCUGGCUUUGGAGACACUGGACGAGCUGGACUGGUGUCUGGAUCAGCUGGAGACACUGCAGACGCGCCACUCAGUGGGGGAAAUGGCCUCCAACAAGUUCAAGCGGAUGCUGAACCGGGAAUUAACUCACCUGUCUGAAACCAGCCGCUCUGGGACCCAGGUGUCCGAGUACAUCUCCCGGACCUUCCUGGACCAGCAGACUGAGAUGGAGCUGCCCAGCGUGACCUCCACGGAGACCCCAAGGCCCAUGUCCCAGAUCAGCGGCCUGCGUGGGCUCCCACACAGUGCCAGCCUGUCUGCAGCCACCGUCCCACGCUUUGGGGUCCAGACUGACCAGGAGGGGCAGCUGGCCAAGGAACUGGAAGAUUCCAACAAAUGGGGGCUUGAUGUGUUCAAGGUGGCGGAGCUAAGUGGGAACCGGCCCCUUACGACCAUCAUAUUCAACAUCUUUCAGGAACGGGACCUGCUCAAGACGUUUCAGAUCCCGGCAGACACACUUGUCACCUACCUUCUGACGCUGGAGAGUCACUAUCAUGCCGACGUGGCCUACCACAACAGCCUACACGCCGCUGAUGUGGCCCAGUCCACGCAUGUGCUGCUGGCCACACCUGCCCUCGAGGACGUUUUCACAGACCUGGAAGUCCUGGCUGCCGUCUUUGCAAGCGCCAUCCAUGACGUGGACCAUCCUGGCGUCUCCAACCAGUUUCUCAUUAACACCAACUCAGAGCUGGCGCUCAUGUACAAUGACGCCUCUGUGCUGGAGAACCACCACCUGGCUGUGGGCUUCAAGCUGCUGCAGGCAGAGAACUGUGACAUCUUUCAGAACCUCAGUGCCAAGCAGCGGCUGAGUCUGCGCAGGAUGGUCAUUGACAUGGUGCUGGCCACGGACAUGUCCAAACACAUGAACCUCCUCGCCGACCUCAAGACCAUGGUGGAGACCAAGAAGGUGACAAGCCUCGGAGUCCUGCUGUUGGACAACUACUCUGACCGCAUCCAGGUCUUGCAGAAUCUGGUGCACUGCGCCGACCUCAGCAACCCCACGAAGCCGCUGGAGCUGUACCGCCGGUGGACGGACCGCAUCAUGGCCGAGUUCUUCCAGCAGGGCGACCGGGAGCGCGAAUCGGGCCUGGAGAUCAGCCCCAUGUGUGACAAGCACACUGCCUCGGUGGAGAAGUCCCAGGUGGGUUUCAUUGAUUACAUCGCACACCCACUGUGGGAGACGUGGGCUGAUCUGGUGCACCCAGACGCACAGGAUCUGCUGGACACACUGGAAGACAACCGUGAGUGGUACCAGAGCAAGAUUCCCCGCAGCCCUGUGGAUCUGACCAGCCCUGGGCAGGGUGGCGCCGACAGAUUCCAGUUUGGGCUGGCUCUGGAGGAGGCGGAAGAAGAGGAGGAAGAGGAGGGCACAACAUUGGACACAGAGGUCUCGGAGUCACCUGACAAUGAGCUUCUGGUCCCUGAAGCCAGCCCAGACCCUGGGGCCCUCGCCCUGGACAACCAGAGGCCCGUGGGCAAGCCCUGCGUGGACCAUGAGGCCAACGUGAUGGCUGAGCCCUUAGGCACCUAA